UUGCUCAGGGAAGAGCCUGUUACUGCAACAACUCCGAGCAGCCCGUAAGGAGGCCUUGGAGCUUCUUCAUAAAACCUCUGUUCCAGCUGAGAAACUGCAUCCAGAAAGGCUGGAAGACACACCUUCCUCUAAUAAAAGUCAAAACCAAUCUUGUAAAGCAAGGCAAGAGACAAAUGAGGUGGUUCCCAUGAAACUGAUGAGAUUGGAACCAGGCACAGAAAGUCCCCCCUUUUCAAGCUGUGUGGGCAAUGGAGCUGACACAGAGAAGGAGAACAAAGUGGAAGCUGAGAAGAUUCAAAAUGCAGGAAAUGCUCCAGAGUGUCCUGUAAUUACAGAACUGCCAAGGAGAGAAGGAAGUGACAGAGAGCUGUCCCAAAAGGAAGAGGAGAUGAAGGAGAGGCAGAAGAGAUGCAGAUUGCAGGAGCAGCUGGAGCAGUGGCAGCCUCAGCGCUCGGUGUGUGGGAAGCAGCCCAUGGCAGAGAACACCCCGCUCCUGUUCCACAGGGAAGCCUCUUUUUUGCCAGCUAUUGACACGUUGCCUGGAUCCUGCAGUGUGAAAAAGGAGGUGCUGCUGCUGACUGUUUGCCUGGCAAGUUGUGGCCAAGUGGCCACGGAUCAGUGUGAGGGGCAGGUGCCUGACAAGGUGCUGGGAGCAGCCAACAUCUACCAGGCCCUCGUGACGUGGCUGCUGUCCCUGGUGCCUCCUGUGAAGAGGAAGGAUGGCCCCAAAGCUCCAUUUGAGGUGGUGGGGCUGCAGCAGGCCUGGAGAGAGGAAGGCUUGGCCCUCUACGCCUGCCUGGUGGCCCCAGAGGAACCUUCAGCCCAGAGCUGCCCCCAGACCCACGAGCCAGGGACUGCAGAACAUCUCCAGGGAACAUCCAGCUUUUACCAGAAGAUUUCUGCAUUUCUGACCUCUACGUGGCUUCCAGAUCUUAUUUGGUGGAGAGAUGAACUGGCCAGUCACUUCCAAAACCAGCUGUGCACACUUCCUCCUGCAAUUCCCUCUGUCCUGCUCAGUAACAUCACUGCUGUUAAUCCUGACCCUCAGGCUGUGGAGAAGGCGUUUGCAGUGCCAGAGGGAUUUUACUGGCAGACAGUUGAGAGUGAUGACAAACACUUCCCUGACAGCAGUGCCAUGGAGGCUUGCAGAGACACAGACAUCGAGGUUGCCAUGGUGCUGCUGUUUGAGGCUCUCUUCCGAAGCCCCCUGGAGACCCAUCACACUCUGCAGCUGCUGCUGGGCUCUGGGCUGGAUGUGUGCGGCCUCCGCCUGCUCUACCCCGGCCAGGACCUGCUGCUCUCCAGCUCAGAAAAGCUGCCUUCCUCCUACACUUCAGAGCCUGGCAAGGUGCCCCCAGUGGUGGCAUUAGGUGUGAGAGGGCCCAAAGCCCACGGCAUCCUGCAGGACAUCACCCGGGGCUCUGGCAGGGCGGAGCCCGUCGCGUCCGUGCCCCUGCCCAGCCGGGUGCACCGGGAGCUGUGCCUCUGGUUCGGAGGGAGAGCGCCUGGAAUCCUGCCCCCGCCUUCCAGCUCUCAGAGACCUUCACCAGCUGGGGCAGGAGCAGAUGAAGAAAAAAUUGACCUCCAGGGCUUGAUGCUGCCUCGACCUCCAGCCAUGCUUGUCUCAACUACCAAAGGGGACAUCAUUCUGCUGGUGUCACCUGUGGUACCUCCACGUGCCUAUGGGGCUGUGCUUUCCGCCUGUGCCCGCCGGGGCUUUGUGCUGCAAGGACUGCGGCAGCUGCAGCUCUCAGCACAGCAGGGCCUCGUGCUGGGCCUGGCAGCAGGGCAGAUUGCUGUCUUUUGCCCUGGCAAGAGCUCAAGCUCACCUGCUGGUGCUGCAGGAGGAGAAGUCCCUGGUGGGCACCGCAGGCACUGCCUGGUGCUGCUGCUGAGGAAGGAGAAUGCCACAUAUCACAUCCCUGCCUUGCUGACAGGGCUGAUGGAGGAGCUGGCAGAGGCAGGCCUUGGCAGCGGGCACAGCCUCCCCCCUGCAGCUGCUGGAGAGGAGCCGUCGCUCUGCUUCCACGGGGCUCCGUUCGCCGCGGCCGCGCUGCGCAGCCUGGGAGGAAACCUCAGUGCAGUGCCAGAGCCCCAGCACAUCCCUCUGGAUUUCCUGUGCCACCGAGCCUACGCUGCUGAGCCCGGGAUGGAGCAGGUGGUGAUGCUGGCAGUGGUGGGCAUGCAGGCUCUGAAGAGUGCUGGAGAGCUCCUCCAGCACAUCCUGCUGCCCCCAGCCAGGGAUCAGGCUUGGAGUGCAGCAGAGCCCAGUUCAGGACUUGAGCUCCUGGGCCUGAAGUGGCUGCCCCAUCUCACUCGGUGCCAGGCCAGAGAAAUGACCCCUUUUGAGGCUGGGGACACUCUCUGGCAGAGGAGCCUGGCCACGCUGAUGUGCAGCCCUGUCCUGCUGUGUGUGCUCCGGGGCAUCGACGCCUUCCGAGCCCUGGGAGCCGCCCUGCAGGCAUGGACCCGGGCCAGGGACAGGCUCAGCACGGGUGACAGCCUCCCACAGGCACUAAUGGCCUUGACCCCAGAGGUGACCUUCAGACAAGCCAUCCUCUUCUUCACAGAGGCAGAUUUGGUGACUGAUGCAGAACACCGCCCUGCUGGAAAAUUCCUGCCACCACCUGGCAGGAGCUCCAGGACUGCAGGGAAGACCACAGUGGGUGAGAGCUGGAGGUGCCGAGCAGAAUCCAUGUUCUCCUUCCUGCAAGCAGGGGCACAGGUUCUCUGCACGGUGCUGCUGAUCAAACCCGGGGUGUGGAGCCAGAGGCUGCCCAGGAUCCUGCGGGAUCUGCACCUGGAGAAAUUCUGCGUGGUGGGAAUGAAGCACCUGGAGCUGGGAGCAGCUGCUGCUGCUGCUCUCCUGCCCUGUGAGCUGCAGCAGGAUCCAGCUGCUGUGGAAGCUCACUGUGCCUACCUGACCUCGGGCGCUGCCCUCGUGCUGUGCCUGCAGAGGCCCAAUGCUGUGAAGAAGCUGAUGGAUCUCCUGGGACCAGAGGAUCCUCAGCUGGCCCAAGCACUGGAUCCACGCCUCUGGAGGGCUCAGUAUGGCACCAGCACAAUCCAGAAUGGAUUUUAUGGCUCCAGAUCCUAUGCGAUGGCAGUCCGGGAUGUGAGGCUGUUUUUCCCAGAAGGGCUGUGCUGUGCCCAGUGGCAGCCAGUGCAGGAGCAAGAGAUCCAUAACCUGAAACACGACCCCAUCCUCAGCCUGGGAAUCAGGAAGCAGCACAAGAUCCUAAGUCAUGACCCAGGAAGACAUCCCAGUGUCCUGGGCCCUGAGCAGCCAGGCAGCCCUGGUCAGGCAUUGCUGGAGCAGCUCUGGCACAGCACGUGCCUGGUGCUGCCCGGGAUAAUCCUGCGGGGCUCGGAGCCGCCCCCGUACGUGGCGCUGCUGGAGGAGCUCGUGGGCAGAGGCUUCGUGGUGACUGGAGCUCGCCUGGCUGUGCUGGACUCACCCCAGGCUCUCUGCAUCUCCCAGCUGCUCAGCAGGGCCAAGGGCAGUGUUGCAGCAAAGUGCUCCCUGCUGAAGGAUGGGCUGUGCCUGGUGCUGGCAGCACAGUGGGACAGCGCUGUCACCUCCCUGGGCUCCCUGCUGGACCGUGCCUGCUGGCAGAACCAGUCAGUCCUGGACACUGCAGAGCAUCUCCUUUAUCCCCAGAAUGAGAAUCAGGCCCAGGAGCUGCUCUGCUGCUUUUUUGACUCCCUGACAUCAGAGAGCAUCCACCAAACUGAAUCCCAGCGUUGCUAGCAGAGAAGGGCACGGCCCCCAGGCAGCCUUGGAUGCCCCUGUGGAGAUGGACACACAGGCACAGCCAGCCCUAAGAGCACAGUUUGUUGGGAAUUAAACACAGAGUCUGAGGUGUUAGCGUGGGUCAGACAAAUGAGAGUGGUGGAGGAAGGCUCAGUGCCCCAAAACAAACCCCUGUGAACUGUGGCUGUGCUUGCCAGUGCAGCCCACCCAGAGACAAUGUGCUGGUGUGCCUGGAGCAAGGCUUGGA